UGACGAUGCUCGAGUGCUGAGAAUUGGGCAUAAUUUCUCUGAGGAAAGGCAGAAGAAGUCUCUCCCACUGUCUCAUUUGUACGACUCGAGUCAGGACCAUGUCUCCCGCCUCCGCAAUGCGCUCAAUCGCGGCACCAGCACUUCGCCAUGGCACUGCGAAUAAUCUUCCAAGAUGCGCCACAAGGCCAUUGGCCGCGCAGAUGCUUCGACAAUAUGCGACACAGCCAUCAAGGAGCAGGACAAUGAGAGAGAUGGAUCGUGCGGCUCGUGCCGGCUCAAGCAAGAUGACGAAGGAGCAGAGCAUCUCACAGUUGCAGAAAAUGGCAAACGCAGAGUACUUCAAGGAUGGAGGGGGUCCGCUGUUUCCAGGCACAUUUGUAACCCUCCCGUUAUCUCGUCUGCCGCUAAACCCUGCGGAUUUUGCGCAAUAUCAAUGGAGCAGGCUAAGGCACUGGGUGAUUGAAACCGUUUCUUUGCUCAACUUCAAGCUGAAAUCCAUGCCAAACUGGACGACUCGACCUCAGUGGAAAGCCCGCCGUGGCAAGAUUGCGCCUACAGCCAAGGCUUUAUAUCAAGAAGUGCUGGAGGCUUUUGCUGCGGGGGACAAAGCGACACUCGAAAGAAUUUGCGUCAAUGACUUUGCAAAGAAGCUCAUUGCGGCGAUAGACCGCCGAAAUCCUCGAGAGCGGGUUCAGUUCGAAGUUACCAAGUACAACAGCUCGCUCUUCUAUCCCAAACGAAUAGCACAUCAGAUCCACCAGAUCAACAUGUACGACAAGAACCUCAUGACCGAACAAGCCGUUGUUGCCAUUUCAUCCACCCAGCAGGUGUCUCGGUAUGAUGCGUCUACAGGAGAGACGAUCCCUGGCAGCGUCAAGGUUCAAGACAAGGUGGAAUAUGUGGUGCUCUCCAGACAGGUCAAUGCGGUCACAUUUGAAUCGGACGCGUGGAGAGUUUGGGGCACAACAUCUCCUACAACUUUGGAAGCAUAUCUGGAAGAGAAGGAAGCUAUCGACAAGGAGCAGGCAAGACGAGCCGGGUGGAAGCCUGCGUCCAAGUAGCUGCUCAGGUUUCUCGGUUUCUGGGUGGUAGAACAAACGAGGGAAAUCCAUGCUAUCAACGGAUGUGAUGCUAUAUGCUGUAUCACAGACAUUUAGCGUGUAACGAUGCUGAUGCAGAAAGACUUGAAAAUGUAAAGUACAAGGGAACUGGGCCGGUAAAUGUAUGAGUAGUACUAAAGAAUUGCAGUAGGAGAGUGGAAUAUAUUAGAAUAUAUUAAUGAGGUAGCAUACAAAUCGAUUAGUUUGAGCACGAUUUGCUGAUUGACAGGAAGCUUGAAUGGACUCAAUUGUGGGGGUCUCGGUAGAGUGUUUUGAAUGGUAGCCGACGCAACUCAUUGUGGUACUACUAGGU